UAUGUGUGUAACCUCUUGGCUAAAUUGUUUCCGAACUUUUCUAAGUUCCCACCUUUUGACAUAUUGACUUUGCGUCCGGACGGAAACUACACCCAUUCUGGCAGCAAUGAUAAACUAUAUGAUUGGCUCUCCAAAAAACUGAACUUCACAAUUUCUUAUUUCAUAAUUCCCAACGAGAUUACCCAAGCUAAAUACAGAAAUUUGAGUGACAAUGCUGUCGUAAUCCAUCUAAUCGCGGAUCAAAUUGUAGAUGCAUCCGCCAUUGGUUUCAUCGCAACUCCCGAAAGAAAAUCAGUGAUGGACUUGGCUUACUUCAUUUGGACGGAACCACAGGCCAUGGUAGUUCCUCGACCAGGGGAAGAGCCUCGACUUUUUGCCUUUAUUCGACCUUUUCAACCAUUGGUGUGGCUGCUGAUCUUAAUUUCCAGCAUCUCUAUAGUUUCAUCGAUGAGUCUGCUUUCCAAAGUGUAUUCGAAACUAUUUGUAAAGAAUGUAAACGAUGUUAUAGCCAAGAAGAACACGACCGCACUGAAAUGGGCAAGUCAGUAUUCCAUAUACGUUCUCAACACUUUGACAAAUCAAGGUAACAUCAGUUAUUUAUUUCAAUUUUAAUCAUUCCAAAACGGUCUCUUUGGGUUCAUUAUGGUGACACUAAGCUGCUUAAUUAUAGGAGGUAGUGUUGUUGUUGUUCAACUCUCAUUUCGGGUUCUCGUUGGGGCGUGGUUAUUGAUCGUCACAGUUUUAGUCAACAGUUAUUCCGGCACUGUUAUUUCGUAUCUUACCGUUCCCAAGAUGAAACCGCCCAUCAACACGUUCGAAGAUUUAGCCGCUAGUAAAGAAGUUGAACUGAUUUUACUAGCGGAAACGGUCAUCGAACAGCAGAUACGAGAUGCCAAAACGGGUGUUAUGAAGAUUCUAGGCGACCAAGUCCGCAACAAUCCGGAUCGAAUUUUAAACAGCGUACCAAAAGUUAACAGUCGAAUUGCAACUGGACGUUAUGCCUUUCCAUUUCUUCAAACAUUUUCCAACAAUUACAUCGCUAGCGACUUUGAGAAAACGGGAAAAUGUCGAUUCAAAACCACGGAUCCACUCACGAUGGCCAGAUUUUGGUCGUUGCCUUUGCAAAAGAACAGUAAAUUUACGCCGAUGCUGAACCAUGCACUGAUGGAAGUUUGGGAGACGGGAUUGCCUUCAUACUGGGUGAAAAAUGCUAUGCCACAAGCGCAAAAGUGUUUUGCUCAAUCAAAGCCUCUGACAUCGUCCCGUCAAACUCCUAUUCGAUUAAACGACCUGGAAGGCGCCUUCCUGAUUUUAGGCAUCGGCUUCGGUCUAGCAACGUUUAUCUUUUUGGUAGAGAAGAUCUUUCAGUUUAUGUAGCGAGAAGCCGAAGGAUUGUGAAGAAUUGUCAAAUUCAAGAAACGC